UGGGCCAGGCCACCCAGCCAAAAGGCAGGGCGAGAGCAGGAAAGGCACAGAACCCGGCAUUGGUCCCCUGGCAGCCAGUUAGCUCGCCGCCCGACCGUCUGUCCCAGAGCCAUGGAGAGAGCUAGUCUGAUCCAGAAGGCCAAGUUGGCAGAGCAGGCCGAGCGCUAUGAGGACAUGGCAGCCUUCAUGAAGGGCGCCGUGGAAAAGGGUGAGGACCUCUCCUGCGAAGAGCGAAACCUGCUCUCCGUGGCCUACAAGAACGUGGUGGGCGGCCAGAGGGCUGCUUGGAGGGUCCUGUCCAGCAUUGAGCAGAAGAGCAAUGAGGAGGGCUCGGAGGAGAAGGGCCCCGAGGUCCGAGAGUACCGAGAGAAGGUGGAGACCGAGCUCCGGGGCGUGUGCGACACCGUGCUGGGCCUGCUGGACUCCCAUCUCGUCAAGGAGGCUGGGGAGGCUGAGUGCCGGGUCUUCUACCUGAAGAUGAAGGGCGACUACUACCGCUACCUGGCCGAGGUGGCCACCGGUGACGACAAGAAGCGCAUCAUCGACUCUGCCCGGGCAGCCUACCAGGAGGCCAUGGACAUCAGCAAGAAGGAGAUGCCACCCACCAACCCCAUCCGCCUGGGCCUGGCCCUGAACUUUUCUGUCUUCCACUACGAGAUUGCCAACAGCCCCGAGGAGGCCAUCUCGCUCGCCAAGACCACUUUUGACGAGGCCAUGGCUGACCUGCACACUCUCAGCGAGGACUCCUACAAAGACAGCACCCUCAUCAUGCAGCUGCUGAGAGACAACCUGACGCUGUGGACAGCCGACAGCGCCGGGGAAGAGGGUGGCGAGGCUCCUGAGGAGCCCCAGAGCUGAACCUGCCUGCUGCUGCCUGCCCUGCCCUACCCGCUCCAGUACCCAGCUGCCGCCCAGAGUACUCGUAGGGGGUGGGAGGCCCGGCCCUGCCCAGACCUUCCCGAGGGCUCUGCCCCAGCUCAGAAAGGCCCCUCCAGGGGCGCAGCGGCUCCAAGGCCACUGUGGCCAGGGUCCCCUCUGGGCGCACCACCUGCGGAGCGUCCUGCCCACCUCUGCGCCCUGCGCCCCCUUCUCCCACCCCACCCUCACCCGGGCCACUCCCCACCCCCACCCCGCGCCUCCCUCUGGCCCCUGCCGCCUCUGGAGUGUCCCACCCCUGUGGCUGAGAACUGGACCGUGAGGCAGGCAGAGGUGGGACAAGGGUGUGUGCGUGCGCGUGCGUGUGACUGUGUGAGAGAGCGAGAGUGAAAGCGCGUCUGCUGGGUGUGACCAUGUUCCCUCUCAAUAAAGUUCCGCUGUGAUA